UUUUAAUUAUGCUGAAGCUAGUAAUAAUUUCUAUUUUAACAAUUUCGGUGACAAUUGUUGCUUCACAGUAUAAUGAAGAAGAUUGUAAUGCAUUUGGUUUUAAAAAAUCAGAAUUAUUAUGUUCAACAUGUCAAGAAUUGCCAAAAUUUAAUUUGACAAUACUCAGUGAUCAUUGUCUAGAAUGUUGCAUCAAUGACAAUGUUGUUACAAAGCUUUAUCCAAGAGCUGAGUUUGAAGUUUGCCAAUGUAAAUUUGGAGCAUAUCCACAAAUCCAAGCAUUUUUAAAAUCUGAUAAACCAAGUAAAUAUCCAAAUUUGAGUAUUAAAUAUUCACGUGGUACUGAUCCUUGGAUAUAUCUGUUCAAUGAAAAUGGCGAAAAAGAAGACAGUUUAGACAUAAGAAAAUGGGACACAGAUACCAUUGAUGAAUUUCUUGAUACACAUCUUGUUAAAGUCAAAUAAAAAACAAUAAUAAUUGUACAAUAAAUUAAAAGAAAAAACAAAAAC